CUCAAUUUUAGGGUUAUGCUUUUGGUGGGAGAUAGUAGGGCUGUUGUAAAUGCAAGGCAGCAGAAGGGGGCAGAAAAGGAUGGUGACACCCUUUCAUCUAUUAAUGGAAGUGCUGUUCAAACUGAAGAAAAAAUCCAAAGAUUGCCUGCUGGAGGUGAAGGAUGGGAUUCAAAGAUGAAAAAGAAACGAUCUGCUGGAAUUGUAGGCCAUAGAGUUGCAAAUGCUGCAACUACCCAAGAAGACCAUUCUUUUGGAGUUGCUCACUUUAAACUCACUGCACCCGUUGCAACGGAGGAGCUUAAGCACUUGAAAGAAAGCGUGCAAGAUGCCUCCAGAAAGGCCAAGGAUAGAGUCAGAAAGCUCCAUGAUUCCAUCAAUAAAUUGGAUAAGUAUAGGGAAGCCUUAAGCUCAAAGAACCAACAAAGAACUGUUAUUUCUCCCACUGAGAGGGCUGGGGAGUAAACUUAGCAAAGAUUGGAAGCCUGGUUCACAGAAAUGCGGGGAAUGACAUUUUGACUCAGAGACUGGAAGACAGGGCCAAAAAUGUUGGGCUAAACAAACAUGUACGCACGUCAGUUGCAGAUAUCCGGGUUUGUAUUUAACUGUUAAUGUUGAGAUAUAUCUGAUUUGUAAUCUCUGUAUGAAAACUGAUUUCUACACCAGCUUUUCCCUAAUUGGAGGAGAAGAUAUAUAACGGUUUAUAUGAAUUGUUUAAUCCCUUCAUUAUUGGAGUAGAGUCUGCUAUUAAUUAC